GUCUCCGCACUUGCUCAGUCAUUCAUUGCGCCUCCGCUGGACUCGCAGUUUGGACGAUGUUUGCGUGCAGAGCAGCCUGGCAGCGGUGUGGACCUCUGGCGCGACAGUCCCUGUACCGCGCACAGCUCAAUAGUGAUGUAGUUCCACGGAGGCUCAUGUCGUCAGUUCCUGGCGGCUCUGGUGAGAAUUUCCUUUAUGUCGUGCUCUGCGGUGGAGCCUUCGCAGGUGGCUUGGCAUAUGCUUAUAGAACCGUUUCAACAGACCACGCACGUUUUGUUGAUCGUGUUUCUGAAAUUAAUGCUCGUCCCAAGUCUGACUGGAAACCCAAAGCAUGGCCACCCAAGGGUGAGGAGAAUGGCAAUGAAGAAGCUGGUGCAGAGGAAGGUGAGGUGGCAGAAACUGUAGAGAGCACAGCCGAGGAGGAUGUUCCUGCUGAGGCACCUGAGGUAUUGCUGGAAACAGCCGAGGCCACUGGAGGGAAGACAGGAACUCUUGAGACCGUUGUGGAAAAGGUUGCCGAGACGGUCGCAGAGACUGCAGAGGUGGUUGCUGAGGUGGCGGGGGUUGUUGCUGAGACAGCAGAGGAGGUGGCAGCGGUGGCAGAGGAAGUGCAGAAGGUAGCAGAGGAAGUAGAAGCAGCAGCAGAGGCUGUCGUAACUCCUGUUAUCCAAGCUGAAGAGCCGGCGUCAGAGAGCAACGAAUCAGUCAGCCCAGCAGAAACCACAGAGCUGGCUGCUGCCUCCGUGAUCGAGGCGGCUGUUCCUAUGGUGUCGGUAUCCGUGGAAGAUGUGCCAGUUGAAGCUGUACCAGAGAAGCUCACUGAGGUUCCUACAACAGAUCAUUUGGAAAGUGAACCUGUAACGGAGGUGGCACCUGUUUCUCCAGUUGUAGAAGAGCCACCUGUUGCCACAGUGGUAGAAGAGGCUCCAGUAGUAGAGGAGACACCAUUUGAUUCACCAUCAGCAGAAGUAUUUGUUGCUCCAGUGACAGAAGCAGCACCGAUUUCCCCAGACGUAGAAGAGCCACCUAUUGCCACAGUGGUAGAAGAGGCUCCAGUAGUAGAGGAGACACCAUUUGAUUCACCAUCAGCAGAAGUAUUUGUUUCUCCAGUGACAGAAGCAGCACCAAUUUCCCCAGACGUAGAAGAGCCACCUGUUGCCACAGUGGUAGAAGAGGCUCCAGUAGUAGAGGAGACACCAUUUGAUUCACCAGUAUCGGCAGAAGAAGCAUCUGAUGUCCUGGUGAUAGAACAGGAAAUAUUGGUCGUCCCAGUGACAGAAGAGACACCAGUUUCCUCUGUAACAGAAGAGGCACCUGUUGGUCCAAAAGAAGAGGAGGUAUCAGUUGCCCUAGUGACUGAAGAGAUGCCUGUUGCCCCUGUGCCAGAAGAGGCAGCAGUUUCCUUGGUAACUGAAGAAGCUCCUGUUGCUGUGGCUGAAGAUGCACCGUUUGUAGCAACUGAAGAACUUGAGGAAACAGCUGCAGCCAAAGUAACAGAAGAGGUUAUUCCAGUGGUUGAGGAAGGUGUGGAAGUGAAGGCAGCAGAGGUGAUUGCAGAAAGUGCAGUUGUGGAGGCUUCAGUAAGUAUAGUUGAUGAAGAAGCAGGUCCAUUUGUGGAAGUUACAGAAAGUGUUGUUGAACCAGAUGUUGCCAGCACAGUGGUAGCCGAGGAAGUUGCUCCAGCUGAAACAUCAAGUGCGCCUGAUUCUUUGGAAGAGCCCAAACGAGACUACAUAGUGGUUAUCUUGGAGGGAGUUCCCAAAACAGAAAAGAAGCCUAUGGUGCUCGGUGUGUCCCCCAUGACUGGCAAGAUCAUCUCUGCCCCUGAUGACGGUGAAGAGCCAUUGGGACAGGUAACGGGGCAAGCGCCGUAUGCUUAAAGUGCAGAUGUAUUAGCACCAACUAAAAAAGUUGGGAGCAGUCAGAUCUUCUGGGAUAGUAAACCGGUUCCCUGAUAAAGAAUUAGUGAUGUGCCUUCCCCUUUCCCUAUUUCCUUGACCCCUUGGAUUUCAGUAAUCCUUACACUGGGCCCAGAAUGCUGUUUCCUUCUGACUCCGCUAAAAAUACAGCUCUCUUUCCACGUACAUGCUGUCCACUGGAGAGUGGGUACUUCAUGUGAACUUUCACUUCACUCUGAUGUGAGACAUACAAGUUUCUUGACCAUUAUAAUAUGCAUGAAAAGCUGUGACCUAUCUUUAUACCCUUUUAAAAUGGAACUCCACUCUUUUUGAGUCAACUGCACAUUGGAGCCUAUACUAUAGUGAACCCUACCUCAAACAUCACAUUGUCAUAGUAGGACAUGUCUUGGAAUUGCCAUGUCAAUAAUUACAAUACCAGCAGGGCUAAAGAUUUGCUACAAACACUCAUAUCUGCAUGCUGACCUCCAGUUUUUUGGUUAGACAUCAGUUUAUCCUCUAUCUUCAAUAUAUGCUAUUUUUCAUUUGCAUUAUUUAUGAAUUAACACUAUUUGUACCUCUCUACCUCAGCUUGAAAAGACAGUGUUCUCUUUUUUCCAGUAACCAGUAUUAUAAUAACCAACUAACAUUACCAAUGUGACAUGACUAGGUCAAAAAGCAACUGACAAACAGAUUACUUGUAUCAAUAAAAUCAAUACAACAAUAAGCCAUGUUACAAGUCACAUUCCAGUAUUAAUUUUUAAAGGCUGACAUUACAAUAUUAUCUAAAAGGCAAACCCCACUGCUGCAUCCUUUGCCUUUGUUUUCCUGUUCUCUCUUAGUUUGUUCUGUUGAUCCAUCGGAGUUGGUCACAAUCAUCAAACCAGUGAAGUUUCCUGUGAUUAUAAAAAAUGUUGUUUGGCUGGUGCGUAAAUAAAUUACUUUGCUUGAUGUGGCAAAAACAAGGUCCCCAAACCUAUUAUGACAAAGUUACACUUUCUUUGAUACUACAGUUUUAUAAUGUGAAUGUGAGGGAAUAAUUUGAAGUAUAGUUCAGUAUAAAGGGUGUUCACGAGUUCUUUUUUGUUUUUGUUUUAAGGGUUAAGGAUGUAAUACACAUUCAUUUGCUCUUUUGAAAUUUCACCUUUCACUGUAGGCCCUAAC